AUGCAUACACUAAGUAAUCAUCAACAUAAAAAAGUAAUUAAUACAUACAGUAGAAUAAACAGGUUACCAACUGAGCCUAAGACGUAUUAUAUUAUAGCAGGCAUUAUAGGGGUACUAUUACUGAUAUGCUUAGGUAUUACCGUAUAUAAAGCAUUCAUAAGUCCAGGAUAUUUAAUCAGGGGUGAGUACAGGACAGUAUCACUACAAGGAGGGCUCUGCUUAGAUGGUAUGCAAUCAAAUGCAGCAAGUAAGAAGUUGUUCUAUAUAGUAUUAUUAAUAGUAUUAUUAUGUAUUAUAGGGUUAUUAACGUAUAAUACAGUAUCAGUAUACAAUGGCAGAAUAAACAGGAGAUGGGCAGAGGUAGACAGGAUAGUUAAUGAAGCAAGGGAUGAAAUUGCUGCCAUGGAAGAAUCAAACCUAAAGGAAGUAGUUGAUAAUGGGGCACGGUUUAUUAGGGAGGAGUAUAAGAAUAUUCAGUUAGAUAAGUAUAUAAUGGGGAGUUACUCUAAUUGUAUUCUGACCAAGGACAGUAUUAUUCAUGCUCCCAGUGGGGCAGCUGGUCCUGUUAAAGUGAAAAUCCCAGUGACAGGAGAAUUAUUGAUUAGUUUAAUACUGAGCGCACAGAAUGCAGAGUUUACUAGAUUAAUAGAAAAACAUCCGUUAUAUACUGGAUUAUAUUAAAUCUAACAAAUAACGGUUUUUAUAGUAAAUUUCUAUUUAUGG